ACAGUGUUAAAGGAAAGAUGAAAUUUUUUGCAGUUUUGAUUAUAAUUUUAAGUGUUCUUUCACUUGCAUUUGCUGCCGAAACGGUUGGAUACUUUAAGGAUCCAGCUCAUCCUGGAAAAUGUGUUUAUGGAGAACUAAUACUUUCGGCUGGUGAGGAAGCAAAUUUCCCUGGAGAUUGUGCUCUUUUUAUGUGCGGCGAAGACAGUUUUGGCACUAUUCAAACAUGCAUUGCAAUGAUGGCUCCAGAUGGAUGUCAUUUUGGGGACUACCUUGAUAUUAAUUUAACCGUUGAUAGCGUCCAAGACAAGAUGAAAUUUUUAGUAUUUUUGUUCCUAAUUUUAAGUGUUUGUUCUCUAACAUUUGCCGCUCUAUCGCAAGGAUACUUCAAAGAUCCUGCUCAUCCUGGUAAAUGUGUUUAUCAGGGUUUAGUUCUUUCAGCUGGUGAGGAGGGAAAAAUUCCUGGAGCGUGUGCUCGUAUGUUGUGCGGUAGUAACAGUUUUGCUGAAGUUCAAACUUGUGGUGUAAUGGUGCCUCCACCUGGAUGUCAUUAUGGAGACUAUAUCGAUAUUAAUGCUCCGUAUGCUAAAUGUUGUGAAAAGAAAAUGAUAUGUGAUUAAUUGACAGUAAUUUAAAUAAAUAUAAAAAUUAAUAAAAUUA